AUGGCACAGCCCCAGGAAAAGAACGUCGUCGUCGUGGAAGAAAGGGGUGCCGACGCCCCGGUUGUGUCAAAGACUUCACACGACGAAGCAGCCGUCACUGCAGCAACGGGAUAUGUCGAGUCCAAGAGGACAUGGAGGUCCUACAUCUGGUCGUCGCUCGACGUCCCCAAGGCCGAAGCCCGCUUUCUCACCAAGCUCGACCUGACGCUCAUCUCGGCAUCCGCACUGGGUGUCAUGUGCAGAUACCUCGACCAGGUCAACAUUACAAAUGCUUUCAACAGCGGCAUGAAAGAGGACCUUGAGAUGUACGGAAACGAGCUCAACUACGCCAAUGCGGUCUGGAGUGCGGCAUACGUGUUUGGCCAGAUCCCCUCCAACCUGCUUCUCACCAGAGUCAACGCGCCUGUCUAUAUUGCCUUCAUCGAGCUGGCCUGGACCAUCUUCACCUUUGCCACCGCCGCGGUCAAGGACGUCAACAUGCUCUACGUGUUCCGCUUCUUCGUUGGCUUGUUUGAGGCCGGCCAUUUCCCCGCCGUUAUGUACGUGUGCUCGAGCUACUACAAGCCGCACGAGCUGGCACGGCGCAACACCCUGAUUCAAAUCUUUGUGGCCGUCGGCCCGCUCUUCUCCGGUUUCUUAAUGGCGGGCGUAUUUGCCGGGCUGGACGGCGUGCGAGGGCUGCCUGGCUGGCGGUGGAUCGUCUGCGGCCUCAUCUCUUUCCCGUGUGCAGUCUGGACGCUUUUCGCAAUGCCCCAGCUUCCCGGACGAGCAAAGGCCAACUGGAUCUUCACCCAGGAGGAAGUCGACCUGGCCCGUGCGCGGAUGCCUACCGAGGCCAAGCCACUCACCGGACUAUUCAAGUGGAAAGACAUUAAGCGCUGGCACUUGACGUGGCAUGUCUAUCUCUUCCCCCUGUUCUUUGCCUUCAUGUCUCAGUUCGGCCAGUCCGGAGGCUCUAUGAUUUUCUGGGUCAAAAGCUACAAUGUCAAGGGCCAGCCGGCACGCUUUACAGUUCCGCAGAUCAACAUCAUUCCGCUCGGUAUCAACGUCAUCACCAUUGUCUGUACUCUCAUAAACUCGUGGAUCUCGGACAGUCUGCCCGGCUCGCCUAGGUGGCCCGGCAUGGUCUUUGCUGCCACCAUGGCCAUCAUCUUCCCAAUCGCCCUCGCGGCAACGCCAGUUCAUCCCCCGAACAUUGCAACGCGCUGGGCUCUGUAUUAUCUCACCGCCCUCGCCGGCACCUCUGCCGGCCUGUCGUGGACCUUUGUCAACGAGAUUAACAGACACGACCCGGAGAAGCGGGCGUACGUCUCUGCCAUGAUGAAUGCCUUCGCCUAUAUCUGGAGUGCAUGGGUCCCUAUUUUCACCUUCCCGACCUACUUACAGCCGUUUAUUACUACCGGUAACUAUAUUACGGCUGGGUUUGGCGCCGCUGCAGUUGUUACUAUCCUGAUCAUCCGCUCGCUCUCUCUACACGACUUGAAGGGCCAGCACCCGCAGAGAGCAACCUCGCCGGCUGACAGCGAGUCGCUGAAGUAG